CUCGUCUUUUGCUGGCCAUUGCAAUUCCAAUGUUGCGGUCAUCGCUUCGGUCAGCGAGAUUGCUAGGCGGCAAGCCCGUUGCGGCUGCCGCCGGGCGCCAAUGGUCUGUUGCCGCGGCGCAACGAGCGCCCAUGCUGGCCAAGAGAUUCUACGCCGACCAGAAGACGCCCCCCGUUCUGCCCACGUCCGAGACGCUGAGCUCUGAACGCACGCCUCCUCCUCCUGCGCAGGGCCCCGUCGACACGACCAUUACUUCGGCAGAAAUCCCCCCCACGCCGCCGCCGCCGCCUCCUACGUCCACCGAGAGCCAGAGCGUGGCGCCCAAGUCCAGCCCGCCGCCAAAGAAGAAGAAGGGAUUUUUCAGGAGACUGAGGAACUUUAUCCUGACCCUGAUUGUGCUUGGUGGUGCUUCCUUUGGCGCCGGGGUGUGGUACUCGCGCAUCAACGACUCCUUCCACGAUUUUUUCACCGAGUACAUUCCCUUUGGCGAGCAGGCCGUCCUCUACCUGGAGGAGCUGGAGUUCAAGAAGAGGUUCCCCCAGGCUCCCCUUGGCGGUGCCAGACAUCCCGAUGCUGUCGAGAAGGUCAGGAUCCCUGCCCAGAGCGGCGCUUCCUGGAGGGUAGCGGAUAAGACAGAGCCUUCUGAGCGCCGCACAAGCGCCUCUCCUGCUAGCAAGAAGGCUGCGAAGCCAUCUGCCGAGGAGGCUCCCAAGCCUGCUGAGCCAGAGAAGAAGACUGCUGUCGCUGCCAAGCCCAUCGACAAGGUUUCUCCGGAAGAGCCAAAGACCUUCAAGGCCGCUGCGACCGAGCCCAAAGAUAAGCCUGCGUCUAAGCCCCUGAGGUUUAUCGAUCUGAUGACGCUGCCCGAUGCCAAGGAGCCCAUCGUUCGAGACCUUGUCCACAUGCUGAACGAUCUCAUCUUGGUUAUCAACGCCGACGGCGCACACAACAAGUACUCUUCGACCAUCAACAAGGCCAAGGAUGAGGUUUUGAGGAUUGGUGGACGUUUGAGGGGUCUCAAGGACGAAGCUGAGAAGAAGGCGGCUGAGGAUGUCCGAUCUACCGUUGCCGAGUUUGAUACCGCCGCCAACGAGCUUGUUCGACGUGUUGAGGGCUCCAUUGCCCAGCAAGAGGUUGCUUGGCGCCAAGAGUUUGAGGAGCAGAUGAAGACUGUUCGCGACAGCUAUGACGAGAGAGUCAAGCUUCUGCUUGAGCGUGAGCAGAAGCUCAGUGAGGACAAACUCCAAAACCAGCUCCUGGAACAGGCGAUUGCCUUGAAGAAGGACUUCCUCAAAGAGGUUGAGAGCCGCGUCGAGCAGGAGCGCGAGAGCCGCAUUGGCAAGCUCAACGAUCUCUCGGCAGCUGUAUCCCAGCUGGAGAAGCUCACUCUUGGCUGGAACGAGGUUGUCGACACCAAUCUCAAGACCCAGCAGCUUCACGUCGCCGUCGAGGCCGUUCGCGCCAGUCUCGAGGAUGGCCAGCACCCUCGUCCUUUUAUCCGCGAGCUCGUCGCCCUCAAGGAGAUUGCCACAGACGACGCCGUCGUCGAUGCUGCCGUUGCCUCAAUCACGCCUUCAGCUUACCAGCGGGGUAUCGCUACCUCAUCCCAGCUGAUUGACAGAUUCCGCCGCGUUGCCAGCGAGGUCCGCAAGGCCUCUCUACUCCCUGACGAUGCGGGCGUUGCCAGCCACGCAUCCAGCUGGGUUCUUAGCCACGUCAUGUUCAAGAAGCAGGGUCUUGCGGAGGGAGACGACGUCGAGAGCAUCUUGACUCGCACGCAGACCUAUCUAGAGGAGGGAGACCUGGAUGCUGCGACCAGAGAGAUGACUGGCCUGCAGGGUUGGGCCAAGACUUUGAGUAAGGAUUGGCUGUCUGAGGCUCGAAAGGUUCUCGAGGUUCAGCAAGCGCUUGAUGUCAUUGCUGCAGAGGCUAGACUACAGAGCCUGCGCGUAGAGUAAAAAUUAAAUUAGUAUUGAGAUUAUUUCUUUGGUCCUGUAUAUUGAUUGAAUCAGAGGAGGAAAAAAAGUAGAGAGGGCUUCUGGCCCGUGUAUAGUUAGGAAUAGAUACUGGUGGUUCAAGUUUCAAGAAAAAGGUGAUAUUAUGUUGCAUCAAAGUAUUUAAUAUUGGUUUUGAAUCUUCUUUGUGACCUAGUGAAUGACUUCAAAGACUGCAUCCACUCUAUCUUGACAUGAACAUGGAAAUUAUGCAUCGCAGAAUUUGAUAUCGGUUGCAUCAAGUGGUGGUUGGUGGUGGUGCUCAUAAAACCCGUGCCCCGCCAUUUAGUAUCUGCACUCAGAAUUCCAUAGAAUUUAACCUUCAUCAUUACAUCAGCACUGUGGCCAGUCUUCAAGAAACCCAGUGAGAAGUCAAUGAGAUGAUGUAACAUUCUCUCUUCAUUCCUCUUAAUCUUUGCUUUAUGCGUAUCCAGAAUAUGAGCUUUGGGCUUGCUCAGAAAGUGCGCUUCCCAUUCGCUUCACUCAUCCCAACACGUAUAAAUCAUACCAUCAGAUCAUCAAUCCAGUCAGGGAGCCGCAAGUACAGCCGCAUCAUGACUCGAGACUACAACGCAGCCCUCGAGAAGUUGGCUCUCCUCCAGUCCAACCGCAUCGUCACCAGCCUCUUUGAAUCAUCAGAGAAAAAGUCUCCCCAGGACCUCAAUGCGCUCGCCAUCCCAGAAAUGCUGGAAUGGCUUCGGCGCGCAGG